AUGCUGAGUCGUGGCCAUCGCGUGCCUCGACGGCUAUUGGAGCUGUCUCUACGUGCGGCCAGCGCCUGCAAUGGAAAUUCUACGUCGGCCGUUCUUUUCUCUUCACAACGCGGUGCUGCUCGUCGUGCACCACCCAGUAGAAGCCUCAAUUCCUCACUAGCUCGGUAUCAGCGCCAGUCUCCGCUCACCAAGCGCGUGCUGCAACUUCACAGCUUCUCCCAAGUCACAUCCAGCUGCCCACCAGUACCUCAGGACGAGUAUGACGAACUUAAGAGCUUUCUGGCCGAGCCUGUGACCUCAGGCCCAGCAAUGGAGCGAGCCAAGGAGAUCGUCACGGGCUGGAUGCAGCAAUACGUGGACCCGGCCAUGCCCGGACAGGACGCCACUGUCAUGGUGAUGGUGGCCGACGCCAUAGAGGACCCACAAUUCGUAAUGCAAGUGUACACGUGUCUACGGGACGCUGGCGUGUCGCCUUCGCCCAUUACGCUCGAGUACUCGGCCGCUGCUUGUGCACAGCUCGGACAAUGGCGCACAGCACUGGAGAUCAUCGAUUUCAUGCACCAAGCAGUGGAGAUCAUGCAGCCAUCGCCUGAUAUCUACGAGAAUGCAAUUGCAUCGUGUCACGUGGCGAAGAAAUGGAUGAGAGCGAAGCACUUACAUGAAGAAAUGAGGACGUACGGAUUAGAGGCGUCUCCAGAGCUGCAUGUGGCGUCGAUUCGACUCUGUAUUGACAUUAAAGAAGCCACAGCAACGCAGGUACUUCUUAAUGCAUUUUUGCGCGCAUACGAUGAAGAACUGGAUGAGGACGAGAAGCAGGAGAUCGUGACUGAUCUCUUCCACGCCGCAAUGGACGCGCAGUCACUGCCACAAGCGCUUUUCUUUCGCGACGAGUUGCUAGCCAGACACUAUCCCGUUUCGAAGGAGCUCUAUUCGCGACUCAUUCAUCUGUGUGCCAUCAAGCGACAAUGGCACAAGGCACGUGCAUUAUUGCAACAGUUUGUGAACAUCAACGCACCCCCACCAAAAGCAGCCCCAUCUAACAGAUACACGGACGACAUUUACCGGUUAUUGGACGAGAUGCAGACGCACGCCAUUGACAUCCCGCUGAUAGUAUACAACGCUGCACUACGGAACUUCGGCCAGAUAUCUCUACUUGAAAACGCUCUCUGUGUUUACUCGGAUAUGCGUGGACGCAGUAUAACACCGGAUGCCACGUCAUAUUCGGCGUUGAUGUGCUCCUGUGGCACCCAAGUGGAGCAAUCGGAAGCCUUCUUCAGUGAAUUACUGCGUGAGAAAUGCGAUCCUACACUUGACGUUGUGCACGGGUACUUACUGGUUCCAAGUCGUGCGAAGCAGUGGGAAGAAGUAUUAAGAAGAUACGAUGUCGUGCAGAACGGCGAACCUCUGUUCAAGGAUCUUCCACUCGAAUCCGACGUUCGCAUCCAGGCGCUGGUUGCUGUUGCGUACGGACGACUUAGUCGGUCAGAGGAAAUGCUUCGUGUCUUCACGUCCAUGAAAGUUAAGGGCAUGGAGCCCAAUCUGUACGUGUAUGGUGAAGCGAUGGUUGCGUACAUUCGACAAGAUCAAUGGCGACAUGCGCUGAUGCUAUUCGACCACCUUUUCCAACAACAGACGCCGGAGAUGCAAGAGAAACGGGUGCUGGAGAACUUCCCAAUGCUGUGGGACUAUGCCAUACUAGCCUGCAUGUUUGGCGAGCAAACGCAGCGCGCAGCAAUGCUCUACGACACGAUUAUAGAGCAGCGUGUUCCGAUCUCCAUGGUGACUGGCGAGCGUCUUGCAGCGAUUUUAACAAGUAUCCCGCCAGAAACACUAUGGAAAUCGUUCAAGUCGAUCCCAUCUCUACAUCGAACAAAGACGAACGAGUGUUUGAACCCGCGAGUACAGAACGCCGUGCUUAAACGCGCUGUGGAUGAGAACGACAACGCUCUAGCAGAGCAAAUUGUGGCCGACGGUAUGCACAGGAUGAAGAUUCGACCCAACUCGAUGACGCUCGCUUUAAUGCUGCGUCUGUAUGCAAGUCGAGAAGACCAGGAGAAUUUCCACUCGUGGUGGUGCAGAAUGGAAGAAGCCAAGGUGAAGCCGACCGUGCAUAUCUUCGGCGUGUUGCUGCGUCAGCUAGGAAGUCUUAGUGUGGACUGCGAGGACGUGGCAUACCUGAACGCUAUCGGAGGUUUUCUGAUGGAAAGACUCCAUGGGAACUCGAUCCAGAGUAUCAAGAAUGUUGGAAGCAGAAGAGAGUACGCAGCCGAACUUGGACGAGCAGUAUUGGACAUUAUGGAGGGUCGAGGGAUGAAUCCGGACACGAUAUGCUUGCAGAACUAUCUUCUACUUAGUCAAGAACCGGAGCAUGUAGCACGUGCUCUAGCUUUUGUAGAAGACGCGAUGUCGGCUACUAACCAAGAUGAUGGAAGAAGUGCUCAAGACUGUGUGGAACUCACACCGCGGUUACUACAUACGCUGUUUAUAGCGCUGAGUAACUUCCCCGAUGGACAGCGUGUGCGUAACCUCCUGAUAAGAAUCGUGAGAGACCUGCCGAAUGAGCUCUCUGAAGAUGCUGUAGCUGCUUUCUGCGCUGCGAAUAAUGGCCAUCACGCGUUGCAACUCCUGCGCGAGUUGCUGGAUGCACAAUGUGCUCUGAAAGACGAGCACGUAUUGUUUUUCCUUACCAACAGCUACACGUGUGAGGCUUCGUCAGUGGAGACGGAGACUUCUCGUCCACGGAGUGGAAAUGGAGUGAUAGUGGGCAUGGCCUCGCUGUUGUGUAAGAGCGAGACUGUGAAGAUGGAGGCGGGGUGCUUGGCUUUCCUUAUUAAGCACGUUGUGGAGUUGUCCAAGUGGCAGCAGCGAGAUGUGUACGAAACAUCAACGCAGGAGGAGAUCGAUGCCAUGAAGAAGUUGCUGGUACGUGCUUUUUCGGAUUUCUCCAUCAACCAGGUGACGGAGUUCCUUUCGAAGGUGAUUGAUAGAGACGAUCUUGUUCAUGUUGUGAGCGUCCUGGAUGAACUGCAAGGUGCGCAUUAG